CCCCACUCCAAGCAAUAUGUCUCCUUUUACUGCUCCCUCCCUAGGGAAUCCUGUUUAUUGUCUGUGUUCGUCCCUUGCAUGAAUCUGAGCUAAAACAAAAUGAGCAGCCGAACAUCCAGCUGUGCAUAAUGCUCCAUUCAUUCACAUCGGGGUAUUCAUUGUUCUCUGUCUAGAUUUCAACCUUGAGACGGUCAUGUGGAUACUUGUGCUAGUCCUGGGCCUUACCGCUGCCUUGUUUUCCAUCUUGGAUGUCUGGUACUUCCUCCGCGCCUUCCUUGCCAUUCUGAGAGCCCGUCUCCAGCCUGUGGUGAAGGACCUACUGAAGGAACAUACCUUCUCAAGCCUUGUCCUGCCCCAUGACCUUGAUUUCCUGCUUCAUAUGAACAAUUCCCGCUACCUGAGGGAGGCUGACUUUGCCCGUUUAUCUUUCUUCACACGCAGUGGACUCUUCGGGGCCAUACAUUCCCUCGGGGCCGGAAUGGUCAUGGCGGCAUGCACUGCCCGCUACCGCCGCUCACUCCGCUUGCUGGAGACCUUUGAGAUACGCUCGCGUCUGCUUUGCUGGGAUGACAAGGCUUUCUACGUGGAACAGCGAUUUGUGGCUCCAAAGGAUGGCUUUGUGUGCGCCGUUCUGCUGAGCAGACAACACAUCAUAGGAAACUCGCCUGACAAGGUGGUACAGUCUAUGUGCAAGAGGAAGGUGGAAUCACCAGAGUUUCCUGAAGAAGUCCUGCACUGGAUCAAAUAUAAUGAUACCAGCAGUCAAAAGCUGAGAGCAGAGAGUGGGGCGUCCAACAACACCAAAGAUCAGUAACGGAGCCUCACUCCAAAAGUACUCACGAACCUCUCUUAUACUGCACCCAAUGCUCCUGCAUACAACAAUGCAGCUAGUGUAGGAUUGUAACCCAGGCUUAAAUGUGUUUGUUAUUUGCUCCAGAUCUGUAUGAUAAGAUGACGUCUUAGGAAGCUGUUUCAUUCCUUUAAAAAGGCAAAGUUAAAAUGUUUAUUGCGUUUGUUUGUUUGUUUUUUUGUUAGGGAAAGCAUCUUCUAUAACUAGAGGCACAAUAUGAAUGAACAUACCAUAGCAGUGUUUUCUUAAAAUAAAUGUUUAGGAUGCACAAUGAAUACUUGACAUGCACUGAUAUAGCACAACACAAUAACAAUCUUUUAUUUUAACGUUCUGAGUUGUCCUUUAGGGACGCACCCUGUCCGUCAGAGAGGCAGCUAAUGCAGUUCUUAAAGGGAAUUAAUAUAUAUUAACUUAUAUAAUGUUAUUUACAAGAGAUGGAUAGAUGGCCAAGGAAUUUAACAGGAGCACACAUUCCGCUGCUGCUUUACUUGUCCAACAUUUAAGACCAAAGAAAAUACAGCACAGUUCCUCUGGAUUU